CACCUGAUGACGUGUAAGCUGGGCACGCAGAGAAUCCGGGAGCCCAAAGAUGCCUUGCAGAAGCUGCAGGAGAUGGAUGCGCAGGGCCGGGUGUGGAGCCAAGACUUGAUCCUGCAAGUCAAAGACGGCUGGCUCCAGCUGCUGGACAUUGAGACCAAGGAGGAGCUGGACUCCUACCGCCUGGACAGCAUCAAGGCCAUGGACGUGGCACUCAACACCUGCUCCUACAACUCCAUCCUGUCUAUCACUGUGCAGGAGUCAGGCCUGCCAGGCACCUGCACUCUGCUCUUCCAGUGCCAGGAAGUGGGGGCGGAGCGGCUGAGGCUCAGCGUGCAGAAUGCCCUGGACAAGGAGCUGGAGCAAAGACCCCGAUUCGAAAGCCUCCUCCAAGGCCAGGACAGAUGGAGGGGGUUCUCUCUGCAAAGGCCACUCCCUAAGCCCCAGGCACCCCCUCUGGAGCGGGGGCCACUUCCAGAAAAGCCCCACCAGCUGACCCCAGAGAACAGCAGGCCACCGUCCCCGGGGCCCCUACUUCGCCACCCCUCUGCCUUCGCUCUGCCUCCUCCAAGGCACUCCCCCUCCCCCGAGGACCCAGAGAGGGAUGAGGAGGUGCUGAACCACGUCUUCAAGGACAUAGAGCUGUUCAUGAGAAAGCUAAAGGAGGCCCAAACAAGGAGCAGUCAUAAGAAGAAAAGAUUUGGGAAGAAAAAGAGCAAGGAUCAGGAGGAGCUGACAGAGGCGCAGUACAUUGACUGCUUCCAGAAGAUCAAGUUCAGCCUCAACCUGCUGGGGAAGCUGACCACGGAGCUGCAGGAGACCAGUGCCCCCGAGUUCGUGCACAUCCUCUUCCAGACCCUGGAAUUUAUCCUGGCCCAGUGCCCUGAGGCUGGCCUAGCAGCACAAGUGAUCUCACCGCUCCUCACCCCCAAAGCCAUCCACCUGCUGCAGUCCUGUCUAAGCCCCACAGAGAGUAACCUCUGGGAGGGGCUGGGCCCAGCCUGGACCACCAGCCGGGCCGACUGGACAGGCAAGGAGCCCGAGCCCUACCAACCCACAUUCUCUGAUGGUUGGCAGCUUCCAGAACCCUCCUUCCAGACACAUUUAGGAUACCAGGACUCUGUCCUCCAUCGACGUCCUGGGUUAGAGAGCCCCUCGAACUUAGAUCAAGAGGAGACACACAACCUCCAGGCCCCCAGCUUCCAACCUGGCAAGCCCACCCUGAAAAUGCAAGUCCUGUAUGAGUUUGAAGCAAGGAACACACAGGAGCUGACUGUGGUCCAGGGAGAGGAGCUGGAGGUUCUGGACUACAGCAAGCGGUGGUGGCUGGUGAAGAACCAGGAGGGAAAGAGAGGCUACGUCCCCAGCAACAUCCUGGAGCCCCUGCAGGCGGGGGGCUCCGGGGGCCAGGGCCAGCCAUCCUCUCGGGCUACGAUGCUUCGGCUCAGCUCAAAGCCUGAGGAGGUCACAGCCUGGCUGCAGGCAGAAAACUUCUCCACCAUCACGGUGCGGAGCCUGGGCUUCCUGACCGGGAGCCAGCUGCUCCGCCUGCGGCCUGGGGAGCUCCAGCUGCUGUGUCCCCAGGAUGCCCCCCGGGUCCUGGCGAGGCUGGAGGCUGUCAGAAGGAUGCUGGGGGUGAGGACACCCUGGGGUCCUGACUGCCCGCGGGAGGGUCCGGUCCCGCCUGGGGAGCCAGGAUGCAGGGGCUGGGCCAGCAGUGGGCACAGGGUAAUCCUUCACGGGAUGGGCUUCACGCUCUUGGGCGUGGCCUCUCCUGGCGCCAGCCUCCGCUGAAUCCUCUUUGUUCCCCAGCUGAACCCUUAGGGACCAGCUCACAGUCUCCAGGAUCAAGGACCUCUCGCAUGCCAGAGGAUUCGAAGCCUUCACAGCCCCGAGAAUUCCUCUUCUGGAUCCCUGGAUUGCAGCAAACUGUGCGCCCGGUUCACGGAGCAAAGAAGAGGAGCAGCCCCCGAGGUUGACACAAAUGCUGCCCCUCCUCGCUGUGCUGGGAGCCCUUCCUGGCUUCCCACCUAUUUAUUUUCCCUCUUCCCUCAGCCUGGAGUCUGUUAGGACUCUCCCUCCCAAUAAAAGCAUCUUCAAGCCUGCCAUGGCCUCCUCUGCAGCUUCUUCUGGGCCUGGUGGGAGCCAAAGGCAGGGAGGCAGGAAGGGCAGGGGCUUUGGGCCUGAGACAGCAGAAUGCCCCAUCCCUCAGGAAGCCAGGAAGUUCCAUGUGAGUGGGCAUUUACAGUGCCACCUGCCACUGGGAGCCAGAAUCUAGAAUUCGACUCCAGAGCCUUCUUACUCUCUUUCUAAAGAGCCUCCAAAAGCAGGCGUCCCUGUCUCCACCACGGCUGUGCCGUGUACAUCUCUCCCAGCAAGUCCCCAGGCACCCAGCGUGGCUGUGAACACGGCAUUUCACAGAGGCCGAGCACCACAGGUUUGCAUUGAUGGCAUGGACCGGGGGACCGGUGGAGCAGUAGCCAGCGAGCCAGGUGCACCAGGCUCCACUUGGGAACAUCCACCUUUGACACAGCUUCCGGCCUCCUCUGUUGGGUGAGCCAACCCUGGGUUCCCUCCCCAGUUGCUGUUUCUGCCUCUGGUGGCGGAUCCUAAGGAACACUGGACUGGAAGUCCAAAGGGCACCGACCAGCCGAGUGGACUCCAGCAACUCCACUCCCUGGGCUCCCGUUUGCACAAACUCUUAAGAGUUUGGAUGCUCUGUGGUUUUUCUGCUUUUUUUAAUAAAACUUACUAAAUAAAAUUAAAUAAAACUUAUUAAAUAAAAAUUGAACUCAAAACUGCCAUGGGCUCUCCUCUCUACAUAACAGCAGCUAUGCUGUUAUUGAUUUAAUCCACAAAGAAGGGGUGGGAUACUUUUGGACUCAAGGGCCUAUUAAGGGUUCUUAAGAUGUUCCUUUAAUGGCCAUCAAAGAAAAAGGUACCUUUCCCUGAAGGGAGGACUUCCACAUUGAUUAUGGCCUUGUCUAAAUAAGGUCUGAGUUUGUGAACUCAAGAGGCUUCCAUGGCCUUGGCAGCUCAUGACAAGAGCCUCAGUUGAUUACUGACAUCAUAAAUAAGAGUGUCAAUUGUUGGAUCAACAACGGGAGUCCCUGUGCGCUUGCUCUCUAUGUAGGAUCUCUGUCCUUAAUGUGUUGUACUACGAGAAUUAAUGGUAAAACUAGUCUUCAAACAAUACUUUAUACUCUGUGUGUCUGUGUGGGUGCAAACUGUUGAAUUCUUUACUUAAUAGAGAGUUGAUCUUCUGUAUAUAAAGAUAAUUAAAAAUGAAUCUUAAUGAAGAAUAGGAUGGGAGAGGGAGUAGGAGGUGGGAUGGUUUGUGAGUGGGAGGUGGUUAUUGGGGGAAGAACCGCUCUAAUCCAA